ACCACUUUGAUAGUACCGACCUUUGUUUAACAUUGUCAGUUCAAACUUGAGAACAUGGACCUUCUACAGGACUCUCACUGUUCUCUCCAGCAACAGUGAAAAGAUAAUCUGCCGUCUAAACUUCUUCUGUGGAUUAUCUAAACAAGAUGCCAGACAGAAUCGUUAGCAAAUAAGAAAAGUCAGCAGUAAACAAAAUGAAAAGUCCAGAACGACACAUGGUACUAUUAAUUCUGUUUCUUAGCUUCAUCCAUAACACUAUAUGCUACAAAAAUGUGACGUGCAUUACAGACUACACUCAGAAUUUCCCAUUGAACUGCACCUUUGAAACUGACCACAGUGCAACUACGGGGGUCUCAUACAAACUAACAGCCAGCUGGUUCAAUGAUGAGUUCGAACCAUAUAACCAAACUUGCGACCUUAUCCUAUUCAACAAUAAACACAGUGUUGCAGAAUAUUGGUGCUCAAUUGAUUUAGAGUAUAUUGACUAUAGUUAUCGUGUCAAUAUUACUGUAUUAAAAUAUUCAGCUGGAAAACUGGAGGUGUAUGAAGAGUGCAAUACAUUUAUACUGAAAGACAACAUUAAGCCACAACCACCCUUUAACCUUGAGGUGAAUUUCUCUGCUGGCUACAACAUUUCCUGGAAAAUGAUUUAUACGAGUGAUGUCAAUUACUUUCUGCAUGAAGAACUGCAAUAUGAAGUCAGAUACAAAAGGAAAGAUGAAUCAUGGACGAAUGGGAAGAAGAAAUCUAUCUCAGCAGAUUUCAGAAAUAUAAUCCUACAACAGUCAGAGUUGUCCUUCGGUACUGAAUAUAUUCUGAAAGUACGAGCCAAACCAAGGGAAGGGACAACUUACCAUGGUUUUUGGAGUGAAUGGAGCCCAGCAGUGUCCUGGUGGACAAACCAAGAAGCAGAUGAAGGUGCUUCACAAAAUAGGGCAUGGCUUCUUUUUCUUGUCCUGCCUUUACUUGCGAUCUUAGUGCUGGGAACUAUAUCAUUUCAUUUGCCAAAAAGGUUAUGGAAGAAAUUGUGGGACUACACACCCGACCCCUCUCAUUUUUUCAAACCUCUUUAUGUGGUAUACAAUGGAGACUUCAAGAACUGGGUUGGCAAUACUCACUGUGAUGUGACCACAUAUGAAUUAUCCAAUAGAAGUAAUGCAUUGCUUGAAAUCUUAGAUGUGAACAACAGAUCAUCCACAGCAAAACCACUUUCAAUACCUAAUCUGAAAGACUGGGACAUGUACAGGAAGAUGAAGUUACAACAUUUUACUGCUGGUAGUCAAAACCACUGCCGGUCAUUGUGCUCACCUUGCAACAUGAAAGACCAGUCUUAUGGAUGCAUAUCUAUUGAUACAGUCACUGUGACAGAUGAGGUCAUGUCAUGUCGUCCUGAAUGCAACUGCAUUAGUGGUCAAAGGAAGAACAGACCCUACACUAGUGACUUUUACAGUUGUGGGAUUCCAAAUGAAAGUGCAAGCCAUUCCAAAAGUGAUUCAACAGCAAACAGUUUAGGUAAGAAGAAUGCCUUAAUUUACUCAAGCUGCACACCAAAUACUGGUGCAUAUGGCCAUAUAAAUGGAACAAAGCUUGAAGAAGUGGAGGCCUUACUGGAAAAUUCAAAUGUCAACAUAUUACAUCUUUCUUGCCUGAAUAUUGGUGAUAUGAGAGAAUGGGAACCAGAAAGUCCCACAGGUCAUUUUCCUGAUACUGAAAGUGUGUCUUAUAGUGAAAGAUCAUUGGAUUCCUUUUCAGCCAGUUCUGGAAUGGAAGGAAAUGAUGGAUACCCUCGCAUAAAUUUGGAUUUAGAUACGAUAGAUAGUGGUUUUGCAGACUCUGAUUGUGGAAGUCCAGUUGAAACAGAAUUUGGCAUUCAGCCCCAGGCAGAUUUAGAAUUGACAGACAGCUCCUCAUUGGAGCUUGAACAGUUGGAAGAAUAUCCGCGGACUUACGUAAAGCAGUGGAUUGCCAAAAGUUCUGACGUAUCACCUGUCUCAGCUAAUAGCUAGAUGAACAUGGACUACUAUAAACAUUUUUUUAAUUAGUUGCCACAGAAUUCUAAGGGUUAACAUGCUGUGACUUGUACAAAAGUGUAAAAAUUGCAUGCCAAUAAGUAAGAGCUGGUCUGGAGAAUACAGAGUAGUAAUUCCCCGGUCAUUCUGAGCAGACAUAGUAAACAUAAUAUUUAUAAAAUUCAAAGGCAGAUCUUGUUUCUGACUUUUAUGAUACUUGUAUGUUUUUUGGGAUUAAGUAUCAUAGACAAGUAUCCAAAUUAAGAUAAUUCAAAUAGGUUUGCAGUUUAAAUUAAAUCAGAAACACCUGCGGCAUGGAAUGUCUUCAGCAUUAUACAAAUGUGGCAGUAAAGGAAAACAGAAAAAAAAUUCACUUGCAAGUUACUAUCAUUGUUAUAUUUCACAAUGGCAUUCACUUCAAGAAUGAACACUGCGUCACAAAAAUCUAAAUUUUAAAUAGAAACAUUUACUAUUGUUUCACAAGCAAGUAGCAUUAGUAAAUCAACAUUAUUGCAUUUUAGACUUUAUUGAGAAUUACUUGAAAUGCCAAUAUUAUGCAUAUUGUCUCAAAAUGCAACUAUGUUUUAAGAAAAUGGAACUUUUUAAAUACUUUAUCUUCUUUUUAUUUGUGGUGAGCAUUUAUUAUUUUUCAACCAGGCAUACCUCUCAUCUGUCCAGAUUUUCACAAAAUGCCCAUAUUUGU